AUGACAAGAUCUGGCUCGAGACGUCCUGCUUUGCUUUCAGCGGUGUUCCUGAAUCAACCCCUAACCCCUCCUUCUCUUCUUCUCUCCGGCCCGCCCAAAUAACACAAAAUUCCCGACUGAAUCCUGCCCGAGUCUGGGGGAACCAGGCGGCCUGGGAAGCCGAGGAGCGGACAGAGGCAUCCCUGCAGCACGAAUCUGGUACGCGGCUCGUUUUUGUGCCAAAGGCGUCCGAUUUCAGAGCUGUGUUUGCAUUUCUGUCCAGUAACAAAUGCAGUGCGAGGACAAUGGAUGAGGAUGUCACCAGGCUUGCAAUACAUUCUGAAGAGCCUAAAAUAAUAUUGCACGGAUCGGAUGAAGGUGGUGCCGGCGGGCAGGAGUUUGUUGUGGAGCUUCAAGAGACUGUGUUGGUGUCAGAAGGCGAAGGGGAAGGCAUGGCGGUUCACAGGUUUGCCCCAGACGAGCUAGUGAUCCAGGAUGCUGUUGAGGAUGUGGUUUCCGAGUAUGUGCACUGCGAUGAAGAUGAAGAUGUUGCUGUAGAAACCUGUGUGAUGGCUCUGGACGGUGAGGAGGAAGGUGUUGCCAUGGGAGACAUCCCUGAAGAUGGGCUGGACCCAGAGCAGCAGGAGGACGAUGACCAAGAUGGCUGUGGAGAUUAUCUAAUGAUAUCCUUGGAUGAAGCUGGUAAAAUGGUGUCUGAGGAUGGAACAGAGGUGACAGUGGAAGGAGCUGUGGAGGACCAGGAAGUGGAGAAAGAUGAGGAUGGACAAGAGGUGAUAAAGGUCUACAUCUUCAAGGCUGAUUCUGGGGAAGAUGACAUGGGAGAAUCUGUUGACAUCAGUGACGGGGACACAGAGAACGUUGCGUUAACAGAGUCUUCGGGCCAUACGCUCAGAGAGAAGAUGGUUUACAUGUCUGUCGGGGAUUCUCAUCACAAUCAAGGAAACCACGGUGGGUCCAAGGUGACUGAUGAGGUUUAUAUGGAGGUGGUGGUAGGAGGCGAAGAGCCAGUAACUCACGACCGCUCGUAUGACAGCGUGUCUCUAAGCAAGGACUUCAUGCCUGUGGCCUGGGCAGCUGCUUAUGGUGCAGAAGAUAGCGAGAGCUGUGAGAACCGGAACGGUGCAGCCAGCGCGCUGCUGCAUAUUGACGAAUCGGACGGGGUGGACGAAAUCAACAGACAGCGCAACAAGACCAGGAGGCGGUCAGAGCCUCGACAAGUCCAGACAGCCAUUAUCAUCGGUCCAUAUGGUCAGCCCCUCACCGUUUACCCCUGCAUGCUCUGUGGUAAGAAGUUCAAAUCACGAGGCUUCUUGAAACGCCACACCAAGAAUCAUCACCAGGAUGUUCUGACCAGGAAAAAGUACCAAUGCACAGACUGUGAUUUUACCACCAACAAGAAAGCCAGCCUCCACAAUCAUAUGGAGGUGCAUGCUCUGAGCAGCAAGGCCCCUUUCGAGUGUGAAAUGUGUGGCAAGGAGUUCCACCAGCAGGCGGCACUAUUUUCUCACAGACUGCAGCACCACCACCGGGAGCCCAAGAGCCAGCCACCUCCACCACCCACCAAGAUGCAUAAAUGCAAGUUCUGUGACUAUGAAACUGCCGAGCAAGGGCUGCUCAAUCGACACUUAUUGGCAGUUCACAGCAAAAGCUUCCCCCACAUCUGUGUGGAAUGUGGCAAAGGCUUUCGACAUCCGUCGGAGUUAAAGAAACACAUGCGCACUCACACCGGCGAGAAGCCUUACUCCUGCCUGUACUGCGACUAUAAGUCGGCCGAUUCCUCUAAUCUCAAAACGCACAUCAAGACUAAGCAUAGCAAAGAGAUGCCAUACAAAUGUGAGCGCUGUUUCCAGACGUUCGCAGAGGAGGAGGAGUUAAUGCAGCACGGAUUAACGCACGAGGAGAAUAAGACCCACCAUUGUGCCCACUGUGAUCACAAAAGUUCCAACUCCAGUGACCUGAAGCGUCACAUCAUAUCUGUUCAUACCAAGGACUAUCCCCACAAAUGCGCCGUUUGUGGGAAAGGCUUCCACCGGCCGUCUGAACUGAAGAAGCACUCGGUAUCCCACCGUACUAAGAAACUCCAUCAGUGCCGGCACUGCAACUUUAAAAUCGCAGACCCCUUUGUUCUCAGUCGCCACAUCUUGUCAGUCCACACAAAGGAGCAACAGGCCUCACCUGAAAAGAGUGAGACCAAGAGGACAGAAACGCACGCUCCUGCUGUGACGCCGAAAAAGUCCGGGCCCAGCGGGUCGAGCGGCUCUGGUCCGCCGGCAAGAGUUAGCGCGGCCAGCUUAGCCAGCAGCGUGACUGUAGUUAUUGGCAAAGGACAAAAAGAAAGGCGGAUUUACCAGUGCCAGUACUGCGACUACAGCACCGGCGACGCGUCGGGUUUCAAACGCCACGUGAUUUCCAUUCACACAAAGGACUACCCGCACCGCUGCGAGAUCUGUUCGAAAGGCUUCCGACGACCCUCGGAGAAGAACCAGCAUAUCAUGCGUCACCACAAAGACGUGGUGCAGGCAGAGUGACUCUGACCGAGCCAAAUACUGUGCCACAGCAAAGAACAAUGUUGAAGCAUCCGUCAGACCCCGACCACCGCGCCCUCGGCACGUCGCCAUUCACAUUGAAGUAGUGCGGAGUGUGUGCUCCACUCGGUCCAUUCUGUUGUUUUGCUCUUUUUAAAUCCUCGGCCUACUGUUUGUUCAGAUAUGUAUACACGUGUACAUAACAUUAAUGCUCUGUCAGAGUUAGCAAACCAAGCCCCUCUGUAGACUCGCACUUUUAACUGCAUGUCCCUUGCUGGUGACAGUGUGCAUGGCAGAUUGUGCAGAUGUCUCUUUGUAGAUACACUUUUUUUUUUUUUGUUGUUUUUUUUGUUGUUUUUUUUAACUUUUGCAAAUAGCAAUCAGUUCUCAAUCACAAUGGUCCUAAUUAUUUGUCUUAAAAACAGAUGUGUAAUUUUAAAAAUGUUUGCAUCAUUUUCUUAAAAUGUACUUAACAGCAGUUUGGAUUAACAACCUGUUUCCAGUAGCACUUGGUAAAAGCGUGUGUGUGCGUGUGCGUGCGUGUGUGAGAGCGGGAGAGAGAGAGAGAAACAGAGGGAGCUUGAGGGACAAAAAAGCAGCCGUUGUGCUUCCUUUGCUCUGACCCGACCACUUUGUAACAUAAUGCUUCUUGGUGCGUUGACUAAACUCACAAAUACAGGCAGAGGGGGAGUCACUCUGAGCUUUGUCGGCAGGGGGGUUAUGAUCAUUGAUUUGCUACAAAAACACAGUGAGAAACUGGAUGCAUCAUGUUGGUGAAUAAGGUUUCACACGUGCACACAAAUCGCAAUGCUGUCACUUGCCCUCAAUGCUUGGUUAUCAAAUGUCCAAUAUUUCUGUUACAAGUCCAAAAGCAUACUGUACGUUGUUCAGAACAAGUGCCCAAAGCUGUAGAGAUGACACCCUCACUAACAGUAUUUUUUUAUUUAUUUUUUUAACCCAUUAAUGCUAUCUCAGAAGUUAAUUUGACAUGACUUUUUCACCCCCCCCCCCUUUUUUUUUUUUUUUUUGUAUUUGUGAAGAGAGGAAAAUGUUUCCUCCUCAAUUUCUUUUGAAAACUGAUGAACUGUUCAUACAAAUGAUUUUGUUUGUAUCGAUUGACAUAUCUUUUAAAUCACUGAAAAAGCGUAAUCUGCAAGUAUCAGUAUGCUACCAAUGUUAGACUGGGUUAUAAAAAGUAUGCCAGAUCAGUGUCCUAAUAUAAGUGUCUGGUCUAAAUGAGAGUUGAACAGUAUAUCUGGUGCUGCUGUUAUAAAACUGAACUCUUUGAUUUCUCCUACACAGAUGUACUUUUGCCUGUAGAAAGGGAAACAUGUAUAUCUUUUUAGAUGCAACUUCAGAAGACAGGUGCUGGUGGUGUACAUGUACUUUUGGCUUUUUACAUUUUUUUUUUUUUUUCUUUUUUUGUUAUCACCUGUGAUUAUCUGUUUUAUAUUUAUUUCAUUUACAAGUUGUUGUAUAGUUAAGUGUAACUAGACUUCUAUGGGACGUAAAUUAUUGUUUUGUAUACAGAUCUGUACAAAGCGUGUAGAUGUAAACACUUGAUUAAAAAGGAGAUCUCAACUGUGUUGUUAUGGAUGUACUUCAACGUAUUUGUUAAAAAAGAUAAUAAAGCAAAGUAUUUUAGCUGUU